AUGGAGAACUACAGCGCUAUCAGUGAGUUUGUUCUUCUUGGACUGUCUUCUGACCCCUACAUUCAGGCUAUACUCUUUGUGCUGUUCCUUCUGAUUUACCUCCUCACGCUGAUGGGGAAUUCUUUGAUGCUGCUGGUAAUUAGGGCUGAUUCUCCCCUCCACACACCCAUGUACUUCUUCUUGAGACAACUGUCCUUCCUGGACCUCUGCCACUCGUCUGUGACAACUCCCAAGAUAUUGGAGAAUGUACUUUCUGAAAGCAAGACCAUCUCUGUAGAGAGCUGCUUGGUUCAGGCCUUCUUUGUGUUUGCCACUGGUGGCACUGAGGCCUGCCUGCUGGCUGUGAUGGCCUAUGACCGCUAUGUUGCCAUCAGCUCCCCUCUGCUCUAUGGCCAGGUGAUGAGUAACCAGCUCUGUGUUGGGCUAGUGUGGGGCUCCUGGGGCCUGGGCUUUGUUGAUGCUCUCAUCAAUCUCCUCAUGGCUGUCAACUUAGACUUCUGCAAGGCCCAAACUAUUGUGCACUUUAGCUGUGAGCUGUCUUCUCUAUUCCCUCUGUCUUGCUCUGAUACCUCUCUCAACUCCACACUCCUCAUCUGCUCCUCUGUUUUGCAUUUCUUUGGAACCUUCAUUAUAAUUCUUUCCUCUUAUGCCUGUAUUGUCUCCACCAUCCUGAGCAUUAGCUCCACCUCAAGCAGAAGCAAGGCCUUUUCCACCUGCUCUUCCCAUCUCAUUUGUGUGAGUUUGUUCUAUGGCUCAGGUUUUAUCAGCUAUCUUUUGCCACGUUCAGGUUCCCCUUUGGAAAUGAUAUUCUCCUUGCAGUACAGUGUGAUUGUACCCAUGCUGAACCCCCUCAUCUACAGCCUGAAGAACAAGGAGGUGAAGGCAGAGAUGGGAAGAAUGUUCAGAAAAUAUUUUCAUCCUCUCACGUAG